AUGUCGGUCGAAGAGAGUGAAGAUUUUACAAUUCUUCCAAAUUUUCUCAAUGAGAAUGCUACUUCGAAGAAGAAAAAAGCUCUCUAUCGUCUACCCGAAUGGAUGUCAUCUUUGGCGAAACGAUUUGAUGGUGGACAAAUUCAACCUGAGACAAGUAUUCCCAUUCAACAACUCGACUAUCUCGAUGAAGAUCUUCGUUCGAUUCUAAUAAACAAUCUUGCCAUUCAGCAUCUUUUUCCUGUUCAAUCACAAGUUAUACCUUAUUUAAUUGAACAAAAUCGUUCACAUUCACCUCUUCCACCAUCGGAUAUCUGUGUUGCUUCACCGACAGGUAGCGGUAAAACACUGACAUAUGUUAUUCCACUUGUGCAAUGUAUUCGUCCGCGUGUUGUUCGUGCGAUUCGUGUCAUCAUCCUCCUACCGGUGCAAGAUUUAGCUGAACAGGUUUAUCAAGUAGUUAAUCAACUAGGAAGUAAACUACAAUUGAAAACAGCUCUACUUGCUGGCCAACACUCGUUUGAAGAUGAGCAAAAGCUUCUCGUUCAAAAGCAAUUAAACGGAAAUUGGACAUCACCCAUCGACAUUGUGGUUUGCACACCUGGUCGGUUAGUUGAACACAUAAGUCGAACAGUUGGGCUUUCCUUGACUCAACUUCGUUAUCUGGUUAUCGAUGAAGCCGAUCGUAUCAUCGACGAAUUCAAACAAGACUGGUUGAAUAUUCUCGAUCAAGCUGUUGGCUUAUCAAGUCAAAACAAACAUGAUUUUCAACCAUACAUGCUCAGUCAGUCCUCAUCAACUAAGAAAACUUACCAAAAAUUACUCUUCUCAGCAACAUUAACACACAAUCCCGAAAUCUUACAACAACUCAAUUUAUUUCAUCCAGUUCUGUUUUCGUCUUUGUCUUCAGCGUCAUCUAUCGCAAUGCCAACAACCUUACGUGAAAAUUUCGUUGUUUGCUCAAUAACAUACAAACCAUUGAUUGUUGCCUACCUGAUUCAGCAGGAAUUACAAACCGAGAAGAUCAUGAUUUUCGUUCAUUCGAAGAAAGAUGUCGAUCGUUUGUGUUCAUUAUUGAAAUUACUUCUACCAAAUCAUACGAGAAAAGUGAAUUACAUAUCGCGAAGUUUACCAUCGAAUAAGAUUCAAACGCGGUUGACCAUGUUUCAACAAGGACAAAUACAAAUUCUUGUUUGUUCAGAUGUUCUCGCGCGUGGUAUUGAUAUUCCGAAUAUUAACUGCGUAAUUCUGUAUGACUUGCCGAAGAAUAUCCGAACGUACACUCACCGAAUUGGUCGAACAGCUCGUGCUGGUAAGGCGGGUCGCUCAAUAACAAUUGUCGAAAAAGAACGUUUACAAAUGUUUCGUAUGUCGAUUAAAACGUAUCGACGAAAUAAGUUGAAACAUAUGGAUGUUAAGAAAGAAAAUUUUGCUUUUAUGUUAACUGAUUAUCAAAAUGCGUUGGAAACCUUCUCAGCGAAAGAACAGAAGAAGAAAUUAAAGCAAAAGAAAUAA